CUUAGCUAACAAGCUCAGCCUUCAUCACAUUCCCUUUUUGGUCACACACAGUUACACACAGUUAUAAAUGGAAUGAUUAACUGAUUCAUAACAGAAUCAGCCGCACCUAUACAUACAACUGCACACCUAUACAUACAAGUGUUUGUAAAUGGAGAAUAAAACAGAGGAGCUGAUAAAGAAGAUCCAAGUGUUGGAAUCAGAGCAUGAGCAACUCAAGCAGGAGAUGUCUAAGUUAAUCAUCUCCGGCGAUCAUCACCGACGGUCUCAGUCUAUUUCGCCGCAGAGACGCCGGAGAUUCGCCGGAGAUUCUGGCUCCUUAGCUGCAUUUAGAAAAGGCUCUGCUUCUUUCAGGCAUUCUUCGCCUUUGAGGAGAGAGAGUAGGAGUACUGUUGUUGCAGCUGGUGCUGAGCCGGAGAAUACGGCGGCGGCGGCGGCGGCGGAGUUUAGUGAUAGUCAGUAUUUGAGUAUACUAGAGUCUAUGGGACAGUCGGUUCAUAUAUUUGAUUUGAAUUUUCACAUUUUUUACUGGAAUCCAACAGCACAACGGUUGUAUGGAUAUUCUGCUACUGAAGCUCAUGGACAGAAUGUUAUUGACCUACUACUGGAUCCAGAAGACUGUGUUUCAGGUCAUAAUAUAUUAAAUCAUACUUUGAGUAUGAGGGAGACUUGGACAGGGAAGUUUCCGACUAAGACAAAGAGAGGUGCAAGACUUGAAGUUAUUGCCACUAACUCUCCGUUUUAUGAUGAUAAUGGCAAUUUGAUUGGGGUUAUUUGUGUAUCAAAUGAUUCUAGACCAUUUGAAGAUAUGAGUUCAGCUUUGCUUGCUGCACAGAAAGUUGAUACUGAUUCGAGUGUUGUUAGCCGGCCAAGGAGAAUUGCUUCAGCUAAACUUGGGCUAAAUCCUCAACAGCCUCUGCAGGUUGCGAUUGCCUCGAAGAUAUCAGAUUUGGCUUCCAAGGUGAGCAGCAAGGUCAAGUCGAAGAUGAAGACAGACGAUGGCAUUAUGGACCGUGAAGGAGGAAGUGGUGGAAGUCAUAAUUCUGAUCAUGGCUUUUCAGAUACUUCUUUGUUUGAACAAAAGGAAGAUGCUGCUUCAAGUGGUGGUAGUACCCCUAGGGGAGAGAUUCACCCAUCUUCAUUUGGAGUCUUUUCUCACACUGCUCAUGAUGUAUAUCUGAAUGGCAAAGAAUCGAGAGAUUGUGGUGAUGAGUAUGAGGGAAAAAUUGGGAUCCAUAAGAUUAUUACUUCAAAGGCAGAGGCAUGGAUGAGCAAGAAAAAUAUAACAUGGCCAUGGAAAGUAAAUGGACAGGAAAGGUUGGAACCAAGAAGUGCUAACACCGUCCUGCCCCAGUUAAAUGCUGCUCAGGAGAGUAAUUUAGCUCAUAAAAUGACCCAUAACACAUCUGCAAGACCAGAUAAUCAUGAGUUUGAAAACAACAGAUCACCACACAAGGAGGCUCCGGGGUCCUGGCCAUCAAUAAAUGUUUACAGCUCAGGCAGUUUAAGUAGCUGCGGUAGCACGAGUAGUAGUACCAUUAAUAGAGUGGACAUGGAGGCUGAUUCUCUGGACUGUGAAAUCUUGUGGGAAGACUUGACAAUUGGAGAACAAAUUGGGCAAGGUUCUUGUGGAACUGUUUAUCAUGGCCUGUGGUAUGGAUCAGAUGUUGCCAUCAAAGUAUUUUCUAAGCAAGAAUAUUCAGAUGAUGUCAUAUUUGCUUUCAGAGAAGAGGUUGCUCUCAUGAAAAGGCUUCGACAUCCAAACAUUUUGCUUUUUAUGGGUGCUGUGUCUUCACCUGAGCGGCUCUGCAUUGUGACAGAGUUCCUUCCUCGUGGAAGUUUGUUUAGAUUGCUACAAAAAGGCACUUCACAGAAAAGUGCUUCACGAUUAGACUGGAGACGGCGUGUGCAUAUGGCCUUGGAUAUAGCAAGAGGAAUGAAUUAUCUUCAUCACUGCAGCCCACCUAUUGUUCAUCGGGAUUUAAAGUCCUCAAAUCUUCUUGUUGACAAGAGCUGGAAUGUGAAGGUUGGUGAUUUCGGUUUGUCGCGUCUCAAGUAUGGUCAAUUUUUGGAGACAAUAACAGGAAAAGGAACGCCUCAAUGGAUGGCUCCAGAAGUUCUUCGCAAUGAACCAUCUGAUGAGAAGUCCGAUGUUUACAGCUAUGGGGUUGUAUUAUGGGAACUUGCCACGGAGAAGAUCCCCUGGGAUCAUCUUAACUCCAUGCAGGUGAUUGGAGCAGUAGGGUUUAUGAACCAGCGGCUGGAGAUCCCAAAUGAUGUGGAUGCACGCUGGGCUUCCCUGAUUGAGAGCUGCUUCCAAAGCGAACCCAAAGACCGGCCAACAUUUCAAGAGUUGUUGGAAAGGCUAAAAGAUCUGCAGCGACAGUACGCCAUUCAAUUUAAGCAGAACACAUCAAUGCAGGACAUACCACCCUGAUAGAGUGCUGCACAUAAUCCAUUACUGAUUAUGACCAAGGGGCAAUUUUCAUGCCAGCAUCAACAAUCAUGUCUUUUCCGGAACGGAGCUGCCGGAUCAUCACAACAAGUUAGUUGGUUUGCAGAGUUCGUGAAGUAAGAAUCAAUAUUUAUGAGAGUGGUCGGAAACUUCUUGUGCGUUUUACACUUCAACAUCUACUGCUAGGCAUGCCGAGGGGCUUAAUUUGGAUUUGCAUGUUAUGCGAUAGAAACAAAUGUCUUUUACACCACAUGUUAUUGAUAUGUAGUUGUAAUUGAUCUCAAAAGGUUUUUGCUUGUUUUUUUCAGCAUUAUUAGCUUUGUGGUGAUUCAGAAUACAUUUCAAAGUAAUAGGAAGGUGACAACUUUAAUCUUAAA